CACAAGAGAGUCAACGUUUGGAUUGUUUGGUUUCUUAUAAAGUUAUUUGCUUGUAGACUUCGACUUCUUACUCUGAAUUUGAUUUUCGUUGAAAGUUAUCAUUUACUUUUAUAUUUAGACUCUAUAGAUACAUUUCUAGACUAAACUAAAGUAGAUCUAGAUCUAAAUGGCCCAUGAUAAAAAUGAAAAUUUUGCCGGACAAUUUUCAAGAGACGAGGAUACAUUUUUAUUUACCUCAGAAUCUGUCGGUGAAGGGCAUCCUGAUAAAAUUUGCGAUCAAGUGAGUGAUGCUAUUUUGGAUGCUGUCUUAGCGAAGGAUCCUUAUGCUAGAGUUUCUUGUCAGUGUGCCGCCAAAACUGGUAUGAUUUUUGUCUGUGGUGAUGUGGCAUCUAAGGCACAGAUUGAUUAUCAGAAAAUUGUUCGAGAGACCAUCAAAAAUAUAGGUUAUGAUUCAAGCUCAAAAGGUUUUGAUUACAAAACUUGCAAUGUUCUGCUGUCUGUGGAAGAACCAGAAGCACUGUCAUUGACUAGCCAUUUCUACCAUGAACCUGACAGUAUACAAAAUGAAAAUGACCCAGCAGGUGACCAGGGUCUGAUGUUUGGUUAUGCAACUGAUGAAACUGAAGAGUGCAUGCCCCUGACCAUCUUAUUAUCACACCAGCUGAAUGCUAGAAUGGCUAGCCUACGUAAAAAUGAACAGCUACCUUGGGCAAGACCUGACUCUAAGACACAGGUGACAGUAGAGUACAAGUUUGAGAAAGGGGCUGCAAUUCCCAAGCGUGUCCAUACCGUGGUGAUUUCUGUCCAGCAUGAUGAGCAUGUCACCAUGGAGCAGCUCAGAAGGGAUCUAAUGGAGAAAGUGAUAAGGCCUGUGAUUCCACCUCAAUACUUAGACCAGGACACAGUUUACCAUCUUCAGCCUUCUGGUAGAUUUAUUAUUGGAGGACCACAAGGUGAUGCUGGACUGACUGGAAGAAAGAUUAUUGUGGACACGUAUGGUGGAUGGGGGGCUCAUGGAGGUGGUGCUCUGUCUGGAAAAGAUGGAGCCAAAAUUGAUAGGUGUGGCUCUUAUGCUGCUAGAUGGGUGGCUAAGUCAUUGGUAAAAGCUGGACUGUGUAGGAGAGUUAUGGUGCAGAUUGCUUAUGCUGUGGGUGUUCCCGAGCCACUGUCCAUCACUGUCUUUAGUUUUGGCACUUCCAAGAAAAGUGAAGCAGAGCUGCUACAGAUUGUCAAAAGUAACUUUGACUUACGCCCUGGAAAGAUAGUGAAUGACUUGAAUCUACGCAGGCCAAUCUUUAAACAAACUGCUUGCUAUGGACAUUUUGGUAGAGAUGAGCUACCAUGGGAGAAAGAAAGAGACUUGAUUUUUUAAGGCCAAUUUUCAUUAGCUAUCAAAUAUUACUUUGAUUGAUGUGAGGCUGAUUUUUUUCUUUCUCUUCUAAAUGACAACAUUUUGUUUUAUCAUCAGAGUAAAAACGAGGCUUGAUGAGAUUUUGUUUUUUUAAUGAGAAAAUAUACAAUGCUCAAAUUUUCAUCUAUUCUAUAUGUUUGCAUCAACUUUAUUUAAUCAAAUCAAUAUUUAGUACAAUGUACUCUUAUUCUUAUGUUUUGAUAUUUAUAGUGUUACAAAGUUCUUUUAGUUUCAGUUUGUUGUUCUGCACAUAAAACAUUUGAGUUUUCAAUUGUUCCUAGUUCUGGGAGUUGACACAAGGGAUUUCAUUACUAUUAAAUAUUGAAGGUUUUUUUUUUUCUAAAGAAAACACAAUAUUGCAAUGUUGGUUUAGGUGAGAUAAGUGGCAGGUGCUUUUAGCCAGUGGUCCAAUGAUCUAGAUUUGAUUGUGUAUAAGAUCUACGUGUAUAUUUAUUUAAGGCUACUCAGGGUAACAAAACAACGACUAAAAUUUUGGACAGUAAUUGAAGCACUUAAGUUGCAUUUAAGAGACAGAACUCCAAAUGGUCAUUUUUUUUUU